UAAUCAGAAAGUUGGCAACCCUGUUAAGAUGAGGGUUCAGUCGCCAUGGUUAUUCAGUCCUGCUCUCGUUGCUGAGGCACCCCCUUGUGGAGCCAGUUUUGAUGGCAUUCUGUGAGGUGAGCCUCUGUCUGCUGUGAAUUUGAAUGAGACCUCCAACUUAUUUGACAGAUGUUAUCAAUCAACUGUCAAAUAAAACCUUCUGUUACCGACUUGUGGUGGAUUUGAAUUGAUGACCUGGAGGUUGAAAGGCCAGAUAUCCAGGUCCUCUUAGCAAAUCUAGUUCCUGAAUGUGCCUUUGAAAGGUGACUUGAAAAUGAGGAGGAAAAAAUGGAUUUGUACCCUUUUUUUAGCUUCUUUGAUGUAUAAAGAAGGCCUAAAAGGUUUCUUCAUGGUCCACCUUCACCGCCACGUUGUUUAUCAUGUUCAAAAGUAAAACUUUGUCUAUCUUUUUUUUUCCUGAAAGGCUGUCUAAACAGCUGGGAGUCUAUCCAAAGCCCAUUCAAGUUACUGGAAAGACCUUCCUUUGACUUCCAUGGACUUUGGAGCAGGUCUGUGGAGAAGUGCUGGGAAGAUUAUGGUAUUGGAGAUGCCAUGCAGUUAAAUGUGAUAUGUGAGGGGAAGUAGUUCUUGCUAAAAAUAUUUAAAGCUCUCUGGCUUUUGUAUGUUUUUGGUAACACCUACGUAACUCAAAUAUCCAAAUAUGCAGCUGGGAGAAAAGAUGGUUUUGUUAAAGAUUCAGCACUCCCACCCACCUCCUUUCAAUACAGUGCUGAGAGAGCUCACAAUACACAUGUAAGACCCAAACCAAAAAAUGUGAUGUUCUUGAUAUUUCUAAGGUGAAAAACAAGCAGGAGUCGGGAGGGGAGAUGAGACGAGACCCUUUUAAAAACAAACUAACUUUUGGGCCUUCUUUACAUACCAUUUAAAAAAAAAACAAAAAACAGAAAACCAUCACCAGGCGUAAUCCCUGUUCUUUCCUUUGCAAGUCACUCUUUUCUCCAGCACUUGCAGUCAUUCUAGCAAUGUCACUUACUGAGAGCAGGAGCAGAGUACUGGAGUUCUAGAACUGUCAUCUGCUGAAUCAUCUGGCAAACAUUUGCUUUUAGGGGGUACGGAGUAUAUAUAAUCAAAGUGUGUUCAUUGGGAAACCAUGUGGUAAUAAAGUUUGAGAUUUUACCAGAGUAAGGAGCAAGGUUUGCCUGGCAGCCUUAAUUCUGCUUCUUUUAUCAUUAUAUGCUAUGAAAGACAUAGCAUGGAGGUAAUGAGGGUAAUAUAUAUGACAUACUAUAUGGUAAAUGUGAAUGCCAUUUUAUUUUAUUUUUAUUUCUCCUUUUUUGUCCCCAUUUCCCCCACCCACCGAAGCUAUAUUAUUUUCAUACAUAUGGGAAGUAAGAAAACAAUUUUCUGCUGAAGGAACUAGGCAAUGAGGUUUCCCAACUGGUCUCUGAAUUUAAGUUAUAAGAAAACACAUGAAACUCUGAGCCAUGCAGGACAGAAGGCAACAGCAGCUAUCAGCAAUGUAGGAACAGCCAUUGGCAAGAAAUUUGGAGAUAUGAGGAAUUCUCCAACUUUCAAAUCGUUUGAGGAGAAGGUUGAGACCACUGUCACAAGCCUGAAGACGAAGGUUGGAGGGACAAGCCCCAGUGGGGGGAGUUUUGAAGAAGUUCUCAGUUCUACUGCCCACGCCAGUGCUCAGGGCUCUAUCACAGGCACUCCACUUCCUGAGAACGAGGAGGAACUUCAGUGUUAGACUGUAGCCCCUACUGGCCAUCUGUAUCCGACCUGGUGAGACUUAGUGUUUUCUAUGCUUCCUUUCCACAUCCAGCUUGAGACAUGUGGCUUUGUAACCUCUUGAAAAUGGCCUCACCCAUGUGAUACUGUAGUCAUUCUUCCAAAUGUAUUGGUAUUUUUACUAGGCCAUUUUUACCAUUAAGCAUUUUUAUACUCCAUAGAAAUUGCACACACCAUCAUUUCUUAAUGUUCCAAUUUCUAUAACGUAACCAAACAGUUCUUGCUUUAUGGUAUUUUCCCUUCAAUUCACUCCACACCUCUGGUCCAGUUGUUAAUUUCUUUGUUUUUUAUUUAUUUAAAGGACUAAAUGGGUUUUUAGUAUGCAUGUUUCCACCGAUUAUGUAACCCCUCUCAGUGCCACAGCAGACAGAUGGGUCUAGGACUGUGCAAGGAUUUCUGUUGCCAGCAAUAGUCUGUACACCAGCUGUCCACCAAAUUAUACUAGUGCCCUUUACUGAGCAUACAGACAUGACCUGAGCUGCUUAAGGAGUAAACAGAAUCAUUUGUUGUUACACUGAUGUCUCUAUUCCUUUUUCACUUCCACAGUCUGUCUUUGAAUUUCCUCCCCUAAAGAGGAACCUAAUUGUUCAGAUGCAAACUAAGUUGAUCAGUUACUGCAGUGGUCUCCAAAGUGGGGGUGCGCAGCAGGAGGAGCGCGCUUUUUUUUUUUUUUUUUUUUU